UUUGUAACUUUUAUUUGAAUCUAAAAUUAAAUUAAAUUUUCAGUUAAUUUAUUUUUUGUUUUUAUUUUAUUAAAAAUAUAUAUUUAUUCAAUUAUUAAAAGUAAACAUAAAUUAUAAUUAUUCAAAUAAAAUUUAGCCGCACCUUAAAUUUGAGAAUAUAAAGGCAUAAUAGGUGGUACAAACUCCAGAUCCACCAUUAUAUUAUUAUUAUUAUUAUUAUUAUUAUUAUUAUUAUUAUUAUUAUUAUUAUUAUUAUUAUUAUUAUUAUUAUUAUUUUUUGAUAAACAUUAUUUUCUUCUUUUGAAAGAACGGAAAAAUAUAAAUAAUUUUAUAAGAUAAUUGUGACUAACUUUAAAAAUAUUGAGAAAGAAAAGUUUAAAAAUUGAGAAAAUAUAUUUCUACAUUUUGUUGAAAAGUUAAAAGUUUUUAAUAUAUUUGGUUUCUUAACUAAAUUAUGAAUGAUAUUUUUGUAAAUAAUAUUGCUGCUUGAAAUUUUUUGCACUUCAAAAAAUUCAUAUUAUAUAGAAAAUUACAGUUCGUUAUUUAUAAUCAGAAUACUACUUUUGAUCUAUAUUUUUUUAAUAAAAAAUAUUAACAUUUGACCAGGAAAAAAAAUUCAUAGAUUCUUAUCCAUGAGAAUUAAAAGAAGAUAUAGGCCUUUAUCUUUUAGCUUUAAUAUUUUGAAUGAUUUUUAUAAAAAAAAAAAAAUUAGAAUUGUUUUUAAAUUUGUUUUUUAUAACUUGAAAAAUUAAUUUUGACAAUCAAUAACAUAAACAUGCAUUAUUGAGAUCAAAAUAUAAUUUAAAUCGUAAUUUUUAAAAAUAUAUAUAUUUAAUUUUCUUUUAUAAAAAACUACAUAAAAAAAUUAAAAUUAAAUAAUUUUUAAAAAAUUUAAUAUCCAAAAUAUGAUAAUUUUUUAUGAAACUAUACUUCUAUGUAACUAUCCCCCGUGGAAUGUAAACCAACGACUCAAAGUCUUUUCUCAUUCCACUUUACUUUUUCCACCUCUCAGUCAACCAAGUAAUCUUUCUCUAAAUAUUCUCAGAUCUCUUAACUUGCAUAAUUUUGUAUUGUCUCUAAUUAUCAGGUUCUCUUUUCUAGAAGAUAAAAUCUUGCUUACACCUAUACUUAUAGGUUUUCUGAGAGGUUAUAGUCUUCUUACAUAAUUUUUACGGUAAAAUAAUGAAAGAAAUGAUUGUGGAGGCAUUUCUUUCGUCUUUUUUUGGUUUUGUUUUUGAGAGUCUGGCUUCAAGUAAUUUAACAGACUACUUCCGUAGAGUUAAAGUUGACACACUGGUGGAUAAACUUGAGUCUAUACUCAAUUCUAUCAACAAAGUCUUGGAUGAUGCAGAGAAGAAGCAGUACGAGAAUCCAGACGUGAAGACAUGGCUUGGUGAUGUUAAACAUGCUAUGUAUGAAGCCGACCAACUCUUGGAUGAGAUUGCCACUGAUGCACCGUUGAAGAAGAUGAGAGCUGAAUCUCAACCAUCCAGCAGCGUUGUUUCCAACUUCAUUCCAACUUUUACUAAUCCAUUUAAAGCUAGGCUCAAAGAAUUGAUAGAGAUCCUAGAUUCUCUUGCAGAGCAGAAGGAUAAGCUGCAACUAAAAACAAGAGUGCGUGCUUAUAACAGAGAUGGAGCCGUUUCGAAAUUUUCAGAAAGACUACCAACUACAUAUUUGGUGGAUGCGUCCCAGAUAUAUGGUAGAGAUGAUGAGAAAGAUGAAAUGGUUGAGUUUCUACUUUCAAACAAUGACAGUGGCAACCAGACACCGACACCUGUAUCUAGCAUAGUGGGUCUGGGAGGGAUGGGCAAGACCACCUUUGCUAAGCUUGUGUACAAUGAUAGUAGGAUUGAAGAUCAUUUUGAACUUAAAGCAUGGGUUUAUGUUUCUGAAUCUUUUGAUGUUGUUGGGCUCACCAAAGCAAUUCUCAAGUCAUUUCAUUCUCCAGCUGAUGAUGAAUCUAUUCUCAAUUUACUUCAACAGAAACUGCAAGACAAACUAAUGGGCAAAAAAUACUUGCUUGUUUUAGAUGAUAUCUGGAACGGGAAUGCAGAUUGUUGGGAGCAGUUACUACUUCCUUUUAAUCAUGGAUCUUAUGGAAGUAAGAUUAUAGUGACAACACGUGACAAGGAGGUAGCAAAUGUUUUGAAAUCCUCCAAGUUACUUGAUUUACAGAAAUUGGGGAAAAGCGAUUGUUGGAGUUUAUUUGCAACACAUGCGUUUCAUGGCAAAAAUGUGUGUGAAAAUCCAAACCUUGAAUCAAUUGGCAAAAGAAUUGUGGAGAAGUGUGAAGGAUUGCCUUUAGCUGUAAAAACAAUGGGCCAACUCUUGCGGAAAAAAUUCUCUCAACAUGAAUGGAUGAAGAUAUUGGAGACUGAUAUGUGGCGUUUAUUAGAUGGGGACAACAACAUUAACCCAGUGCUGAGAUUGAGUUACCAUAAUCUACCUUCCAAUCAUAAACGUUGUUUUGCGUAUUGUUCUAUAUUUCCUAAAGGUUAUUUGUUUAGAAAAGUUGAAUUAAUUAGGAUUUGGAUGGCAGAAGGUUUGCUUAAGUGUUGCAGACAAGAAAAAAGUGAAGAAGAGUUAGGUAAUGAAAUUGUUUGUGAUCUUCAGUCAAUUUCAUUUUUCCAACAAUCAUUCCACUAUUUCUUUGACAUGCAUGACCUUGUCAAUGAUUUAGCUAAAUCAGUGUCAGGAGAAUUUUGUAUGCAAAUAGAGGAAGCCAAGGUGGAAGGUAUCCCUGAAAGGACACGUCACAUUAGGUGGUCUCUUCAAUUAAAUUUUGUUGAAAAAUUACUAGAGCCAAUUUGUGAACUUAAGGGACUACGCAGUCUGUUACUAAAAGGCUAUCCUUCUAUGUUGAUAAGCAACACUGUGCAGCGUGACAUGUUUUCAAGACUAAAAGAUUUGCGAAUGUUAUCAUUACAUGGUUGCGGCAUCUCAGAGGUAGUUGAUGAAAUAAGCAAUUUAAAGCUUUUGCGUUAUCUAGACCUUUCUCUUACUGGAAUUUCAAGCUUACCUAAUACCAUUUGUAUGUUGUGUAAUUUGCAAACACUCUUGUUGCGUGGCUGUUCCAAAUUGACUGAGCUCCCUUCAAAUUUUUCCAAACUCGUCAAUUUACGUCAUCUUGUACUUCCCUAUUCUAUAAAGAAAAUUCCAAAGAAUAUAGGAAGUCUAAGCAAUCUCCAAAACUUGUCUUGUUUUAUAGUGGAAGAGCAAAAUGGAUCAGAUCUUAAGGAGUUGGAGAAACUAAACCUUCUUCGUGGAACAAUUCAUAUUAAAGGGUUGGGUAAAGUCAUUGAUCCUACAAAUGUUGCUACAAGAAUUUUGAAAGAUAAGAAGUAUUUGGAAGAAAUAGAUAUGACAUUUGAUGUUGGAAGAAUUUAUGGCGAAUCAAUAGUUGAAAGCAAUGCAUCUGUCUUGAAGGCUCUUCAACCAAAUAGUAACUUGAAGAUGCUCACCAUUAGAGAGUACAGAGGUAAUAGCUUUCCAAAUUGGCUAAGUGGUUGUCAUUUACCCAACUUAGUAUCUCUUAAAUUGGAGUACUGUGGAUUAUGUUCCCAUUUGCCACCACUUGGGCAGAUCCCCUCUCUCAAGAAGCUUUAUAUUUCAGGCUGUCAUGCAAUAAAGAUCAUCGGAAAAGAGUUUUCCAAUAAUAACUUCAAGUAUCUUGAAUCUUUAAGUUUUGCGAGGAUGAACAAUUGGGAGGAAUGGUUAGGUAUUGAAGGAUUUCCUUUACUUACAGAGCUUUCUAUUACAAAUUGUCCCAAAUUGAAAAGGAUAUCACUGCCUCAACACCUUCCUUCAUUACAGAUGUUGGUGAUUACUGGUUGCAAAAUGCUGGACGUAUCAAUUCCCAAUGGUGAUAAUAUCACAGUCUUGUAUAUAAAGGAAUGUGAUCGAAUUUUAUUAAAUAAAUUGUCAUCCAGCUUGAAAAAGUUUGUCCUUGGUAAAGUUGAGUAUGUUGAAUUCUCCAUGGUUCAUUUAAUGAACUGCCCCUUUCUGGAAGAGUUGGUGUUGGAUUUCAAAGACUUUGUAGAAUGUCCCUCUUUGGAUUUGUGUUGUUAUAACUCUCUGUUGGAACUUUCAAUAACAGGAUGGAAGUUCUCCUCCUUGCCUUUUUCAUUACACUUGUUCACCAGUCUUACACAUCUAAACAUCUGUGGUUGUCCUAAAUUGAUAGCUUCGAAAGAGGAAUGGGGUUUUCUUCACUUCAAAUCUCUUCGUGGUAUAUGUUUUGAAAAUUGCCCUAGUCUUGAGCACUUGCCAGAGGAGUGGGGUUCCGUUGGGUCUUUGAAGAUUAGAGACUGUCCAUUACUUAAGGAAAAGUACCAAAAGGAGGGAGGAGAGCAUUGGCAUACAAUUAGUCACAUCCCUUAUGUGGAAAUUGACGAUAUUUUGCAGGAAUAGAUUGAGGGGUAGAAAUGAGGUGUUUGUCACAGUGGAAAGUCUACCUGAAGCUCAAAGAUAUUGCAGUCCAAGACAUACCAUUGUCAUCAACAUGAAGCGCAACCACUUUCCUAAUCUUUUCAUCAAUUCAAAAGUAUGUGUAAAUAAAUAAAAAAUUGGAUUUCAACUUUUUUCGAUUAUUGUGUGGUUAAUAAGAAUCUGUAUUUCCCUUUGUUAAUUUUCUAGUUUCCCUUUUCUGUAGUGUAUAUUGUGUCUACCUACAAAACAUUAAGACUGGAUACUGUAAUAUUCUUAUUAUGCUAUUGAUCAUCAUCUCAUGUUGUGCAAA